GAGCGUCGUCACCAGCCAUGACUGAACAAAGAAGCGGUGGGCGAACGCCUCCCGCGUUUGCCUUCAUCGAAGAAGCAACCCCGGGUACAAGCCGUGAAGGCGGCGAGGGAGCCUCAGGCACUUGCAACGAUAUCCCUGCGUAUAUUGACGAGUACAUCAAUGACGCGUUGAAGGCAUUGAAGCGCCAGACCAAUGCCACUGACGUCAAUGAUGCCACUGACAGUGGAAGCACCAACUACGCACCUGUUGUGUCCACCGCUAGUGCCGUUCACGCCUGGCCCAGAACGAGCCACGCUGGCAUCGAGAAACUAUCGUCUACUACGAAAGACACCGCGAGCUGUUCUGACGACGCCUGGCGUUGCCAGCGGAACGCGCUGCACAGGCCUAUAACAAACCAGACGUACAACCUCGACGGUGCCUAUUCCAGCGGUAUCCCUAGUCACCUGCACCUGGGGCCCAAAAGCAGCAUCGGUCACAAAACGACCAGCACAAGCCUCGCUGGAAUGGUGGAGGCAUCAGCAAGUUUACAAUACGGAGCCAGAAAUCCUCAGACCACGGGGGUUCACCAAAGCAACACGCAGUACUACACGACUGCACGCACAUCCACCAUCCAGGCUUCGAUUUCAGGGUAUGCACACAACAGAGAAACCGGAAGCACCAGUUUCACACAUCCAGUCUACAGCAGCAGCGGCGGUGGCCAGUAUGCAGUGGCCAGUACAGGCCAUGCGGGCACGGAGGAAGCAUCGGGCAUUCUGGGAAAUGAUGCUAGAAUUCCUGACGCCACCGGCGCUGAGCCAUGGAGUACGCAGUACUACGCGGCUUGUGGCACAACUACAGUCUCCGGCCAUACACAUGUCACUGAAAGCGGAAUCACCAGUUCCCUACAUAUGGUGGCCAGCAGCAGCGUCAAUCACGCACAGCCCAGUACAAGCCACGCUGGAAUGGAGGAGGCAUCGGCCAUUCCGGAAAACUUCGCUAGAAUUCCUGACGCCACAGGCGCUGAGCCAUGGAGUACGCACUACUACGCGGCUAGUGGCACAACUACAGUCUACGAUGUCUCGUGCAGUCAUAGCACUACUUUCUUGCACCUGGAGUCCACCAGCAGCAUCGAUCACACACAGCCCAGCACAAGCUGCGCUGGCAUGACGGAAGCAUCAGCAAGUUUACAAUACGACGCCAGCUCGCAGUAUAAUGCCUACGAGCAACAUGCCUGUGUGCCUGAAGCAUUCCGGAUGGAAACUUUUCCACAAAGGGACUUGCCCUCCGCUAACGAAGCGAUCACGCCACAGAAGUCGUGGAGCUCUCAGCGCACGCCGCACUCAUCAAUGUUCGCUGAUCACUUUCAAGGGCAUGCAAACAGUACUGGAAGCGGAAGCGCCGGUUUCACAGUACCGGUCUACAGCAGCAGCAGCGGUGGUGGGAGCGAUGAUUCAGUGGCAAGCACAACCCACGCGGGCAUGCAGGAAGCAUCGGGCAUGUCGGGAAAUGAAACUAGGUACGCUACUAGAAGCGGAGGAAGCGGACAUCAAGAGCUGUCCGGUGUCUCUGGGAAUGUUUCGAGACGGCGGGAUGCCUUACGCGGGCAUUACAACCAACACACAGGCGACACAGCCCCCAUUUGUAAAGCACGCGAUCAACCAUCUGUGAAGCUGUCGGAGUUUGUAGAGUGCUGCCGCAUCCGUGAUGCCAAAAAGCACGAAUGCGAAAUCUGUGGUAAACUGUUCCUCCGGGCUCGUUACCUAGAAAUCCAUAAGCGCACGCAUACAAACGAGAGACCCUACAAAUGCGAAACAUGUGAUAAAUUGUUCCGGCUUUCUCAUCACCUAGAUUACCAUAAGCGCACUCAUACUGGCGAGAAACCCCACACUUGCGAAACAUGUGGUAAAUCAUUCGCGCAGAAAGGGGCUCUCUAUAGACACCAGCUCACUCACACGGACGAGAGGCCCCAUGUCUGCCAUAAAUGUAGUAAAUCAUUCAAAGCGAAACUCUCUCUCCAGCGUCAUCUCAAAUCGUGUUGUAGAGUAGGAGCUUUCGUUUGCGAAAUAUGUGAUGAAUCCUUUAUAGACAACUCUCAUCUCCGCCAUCACUACGCAAGGGUGCACGGGCAUAUAAUACCGCCCGAGUGAUUUCGCUUCGCAGAGAAAGAAACACUUGACGGACAGCUGUGCCGGAAUAAUACGUGCUACUUAGGUUUAGAUUAAUCUGAAGAUGCGGUUCAACUGAAUAGACACCUCGUGAGGCCUAGGCCUGUGCAUUCGUAAUAUCUUGGCUGGCGCGCAAGUUAAAUAAAUCGCGCACGCCAUUUGUAUAACAACGUGAGACAGAAAUCAUGCAGGAAAACAACACUGACAUUCUUUGACAGGAGCCAGCAACAACUAAAUACAUCGUAUGGAGAGACCGGCUUCUCUUCAUAAUUAAAACCGCUGAGUUAAAUGUUCCUUUCUUAACGCUAGUAGACGAGACAUUGUCGAUACAAGUAUUUAUCGAGCAUCAAUGUCGAAGUGCAGUUCAGGUCGUGGACCACGCUCUCUGUCUGCAGACCUAUGUUGUUCGCGAAUGUAGCUUUAGCAAACUCAUUUCAAGACAAACCCUGAUGGGCUGCAAGUAUUUGUUUUGUGUAAGUACAAAGUGGAAAUGUUCGCAUAAGACCAUUGACAGCCUAUUUAGAGAAGUACAUUCGGCAAUCGCUUCGCAUUAACCAUCCUUUUAGUGAUUCUGUUGUGUGAAUAGAAGAAAACACCUCUCAUUAGUGAGCCUUUACAAAUCAAGGACUCUUGUUGUAGUAAACUAAAAAGUAAUCUCUGAUAUUAUGUGAUGUUCUUGAGCACUGUAGCCUUCGACCGACAAUACUUGCAGGAGCUUUUACGAAAAUGUAUAGCGACAUUGUAUAGAUAGGAAAAUUUAUUUUCCUAGACGUUCCUCUCAAUGGAUUUAAUAUUUUAGCUAUCUCUUUGUCUCUUAUAUUCUUACCGAAGAUCUUGCUUGUAUGCCAUAAACUAAGCUGAUGACAGUAGCGAGACAAUGAAAUUCAAAUAGUUCAAAGCUUCACUAUGUGAUAUGUUCUCCUUCUAUAAAUUGUUUGUUAUUCUUGUGUUAUUGUGGAAGAAUCUCCGUCAGUUUUAAAUUGCAGAUUUUAUCCCCAAGAACGGUAAAUGUUUUGACUAGGAGUGCUCUCUGCUUACAGCCGUGAAAUCUUAGUCUGAUAUGACAAACGCAUCCGUGCGAGCAAGGACAUGACAAGUAAGAUUCAGGUUUUAUGAAUAUUGGCGCCCCUACUUGUAUAUAUCUGAAUUUGAACACGUUUGAACUGCUAGCAAAUGUUAAGUUACUGCUCAGCGCAUGACACGCCUGCAUGUAUCAGAACAUUCCCGAACUUUCUCGGCGGUUGUCUGUUUUGUCUACAUUGUAGUCGAAUCUUUUGUGUUCAAGCUGUACGCGCGACGAGAAGGGAGAUGUGCAUUCUAAAAGGCGUGCAAGCUCCAGCAAUGACGGUGGAAUCUUUGACGAAUCUCGUGGGAAUAGCUGACGCUCAUUAAACACUAACCACGUCUUGGAUGAUCGACGGAUGUGUCGCGCACGAUGUUUCUGCCCGAGUAUAACUUCUUUUGUCGGUUCAGUCUCGCCCAAUAAAGAUUAUUUCCUC